AGUCAGUGCCACCAGUCAGUGCCCAGCGGUUGUGCCAGUCAGUGUCCAGCAGUGAUGCCAGCCAGUGCCACCUAUCAGUGCUGUCUAUCAGUACCCAUUAUCAGUGCCCUCUAUCAGUGCCACCUAUCAGUGCCGCCUAUCGGUGCCACCUCAUUAGUGCUGCCUAGCAGUGCCGCAUAUCCGUACCACCACCUCAUUAGUGCUGCUGCCUAUCAGUGCCCUUUAGUGCUGCCUAUCAGUGCCCAUCAGUGCUGCCUGUCAGUGCCGCCUAUCAGUGCCCAUCAGUGCUGCCUCAUCAAUGCACAUCAGUGAAGGAGAAAAAUUACUUAUUUGCUAAAUUUUAUAACAGAAACAAGAAAAACAUUUUUCAUCAGCAUUUUUGACCUUUUUUGUUUGU